AUGGGGAACCAGACCACUGUCACUGAGUUUGUCCUGCUGGGGCUCUCAGAUGCCUGUGAGCUGCAGAUGCUCAUCUUCCUGGGGUUCCUCUUGACCUAUCUCCUCACACUAUUGGGGAACUUCCUUGUCGUGGUCAUCACCUUCAUGGACAUCCGCUUCCAUACCCCCAUGUACUACUUCCUGCGCAACUUUGCCAUCCUGGAGAUCUGGUUCACCUCUGUCAUCUUCCCCAAGACGCUAACCAACAUCCUCACAGGAUGUAAGACAAUCUCCCUAGUAGGAUGUUUCCUCCAGUUAUUCCUCUAUUUCUUUCUGGGUACCACAGAGUUCUUCCUGCUGGCAGUGAUGUCCUUUGACAGAUAUGUAGCCAUCUGUAAGCCUCUUCAUUAUGCCACCAUCAUGAGCAAACGGGUCUGUGUCCAACUUGUGCUCUGCUCAUGGAUGACAGGAUUGCUUCUCAUCUUUGUCCCAACCUUCAUCACAUUUCAGCAGCCAUUCUGUGGUCCCAACAUUGUGAACCAUUUCUUCUGUGACAACUUUCCACUCCUGGAACUUAUCUGUGCAGACACAAGUCUACUCGAGUUGCUGGGUUUUGUCAUUGCCAACAUUAGCCUCCUGGGCACCCUGGCUGUGACAGCCACCUGCUAUGGCAAUAUCCUCCACACAAUCUUGCACAUUCCCUCGGCCAAGGAGAGGAAGAAAGCCUUUUCAACCUGCUCCUCCCACAUCAUUGUUGUGUCUCUCUUCUAUGGCAGCUGCAUCUUCAUGUAUGUCCGGUCAGGAAAGAGUGGGCGUGGGGAGGACCAGAACAAAGCAGUGUCUUUACUCAACACUGUAGUGACACCGAUGCUCAAUCCCUUCAUCUACACCCUGAGGAACAAACAAGUGAAACAGAUAUUUAGGGAGAAAAUGAGCAAGUUUCUCUCAUAA